AUGGCGCAACCACGUUUGAUUGGUGAACUAGCGGUGGUGGCUCUUGAAGCAAUCCCCGGCAAUUUCAGACCGUUUUGUGUAUUCAAGGUGGCAAAUGUAGCAAAAAGGACCAAGACGGAUACUCGUGGAGGAAGAAACCCCAUGUGGGACGAUCAGGUCAACAUGCCUAUUCCACACGGUUACAGUCAAAUGUUUGUGCAAGUAUUGAAUGAGGAUCCACAACGAGGAGACCAAAUCAUUUGCGAAGGACAAAUUGAUCUUACCAAGGUACUUAAAGAAGGCGAGGAUGAUGAUUGGGUACCUUUGAGUCAACGUGGCAAGGAAGCGGGUGAUGUAUAUUUGGAGCUGACAUUUUAUUCAGCGAACCCGCCACCACGAAGACAGCCAACACGUCUCGUACAUCCACGUCCACCUCAUAUGGGUCGUGGUGUAUCAUUUCCACGUCCUCCAAUGCCAUCACAAUAUCCUGCACGACCACGUCCACCCAUGCCACCUCCACCAGGAACAGCACCAGGUCCUACAGUACAUAUGAGCCCUGCUCCACGUCCUCUUCCACCACAACCACCAGUAUCAUUCAGUGGCCCUCCUCCUCAUCCAUCUCAUCGUCCACCACAACCACAACCAAUGAACCAACCAGGAGGCUUUGCUGCACCACCACCUCCUCCUCCUCCAGCAACAACCACUAGUCAACCACCCAUUUAUGCUCGUCCAGCACCACUUCCUGCGAGUGUUGUACAACCAUCACCAGUGACACCACCUUCAUCAGCAAGUGCUUCUUCAGUAUCUGUAGGCAACACAUGGCGUACAUCUAGUAUCCCAUCAACCACAAAGCCACAACCUUUUAGUCCACAGACAACAGCAGCAUAUCAUCCAGGUCCUCCAGGCCCACCACCACCACCAAUGUCUCAAGGUGCACCAUUGCUUUCAUCACCUUAUCGACCUGUUGCACCAAAUCAAAGACCACCUUAUCCCAAUGGAGGAGCUUAUUCUCCUGCUAGUCAUCCAGGAAAGCCAUUACCAAACUUUCCACCCGAGCAUUAUCAUCAGCCUGUACCUCAUCCAAUGCCACCACCACAGCAACCCAUGUAUCCUCCUCAACCAUCAGGUGCUGGUUAUCCACCUCGUCCACCUCCUGGUCCAGGCUAUCCACCCCAACCUGGUUAUCCACCUUAUUGA